AUUAUAAAGCUUCCCUACGGCGGCCGUGAGGGGUCAGUAUUAGCGGAGGUGCGUUUCUUUUCUCCCCCCUGCUCUCUCGGCGUCACAAUGGCCGGCCGGGGGAAGCUCAUCGCCGUGUUGGGCGACGAGGACACGGUGACCGGGUUCCUGCUGGGCGGGGUCGGGGAGCUGGACAAGCACCGGCGCCCGAACUUCUUGGUCGUGGAGAAGGAGACCGCCCUGAACGAGAUCGAGGACGCUUUCCGGGGCUUCUUGUGCCGCGAGGACAUCGGCAUCGUCCUCAUCAACCAGUUCAUUGCGGAGAUGAUCCGGCACGCGAUCGACGCGCACACCAAGUCCAUCCCGGCUGUGCUGGAGAUCCCCUCCAAGGAGCACCCCUAUGAUGCCUCCAAGGACUCUAUCUUGCGCCGCGCCAAGGGCAUGUUCACUGCAGAGGACUUGCGAUAGAUGGAGGAGGAGGAAGAGGCGAGGCUGCACCUUUCUUGCUCAGCUGCUAUUCCAUAAAGAGCUUUCAUUCUUCUCUCCUGUUUCCUUGGUGUAUUUGCUGUUAAUCGUAUCCCGCCCCUCUUGCUCUCUAGGGAGCAAGACCACCCUGCGGUCCUGCCAGUCCUAGAAAUCUUUGGCCCUUGGGCGCCUUCAUUCCUGCCGUUUGGAAUUACUAGCCACUCUGUGUCGGUUGCAUUUUGACAAGGGCAGUGGGGGUGGGGUGGGGCAGCUAGAUGCUAACUUCAUACUUCCUCAGCUCCAGUAGGAACUAACUGCCGCCCCUGAGACAUAACUGAAUCAGCGUUGAGCCCUUGCUAUGCCUUCUUAUCCAUCAUGCAAUGGAGGGUCUAAGGGUAGAUUUCUCAGCAAAGUGACUUUUGAUCUUUUAAAGGCCCGUCAUAUCUGUGUUCCUUAGGAUUGAUGCAGCAAUACUCUUAUGACCCAAAUCAAUAUGUACUUACAGUGCACGCACGCACGCACACCCUAUCUGUGAAGUAAAGACUGUUGAUCUUAAAUUAAACCAACAGACAGAACCGGGAAUUCUGUUCUUGAGAUGAGGUGGGUUUGGGUCUUUGGGGGUUUGAUGCAAGCCAGAGAAAAUGUUUGGAAUGGCGUGGCGCUGGAAAUCACAUCUCUCAUUUGGUGUCCUGACAGCUUGCAAUCCAACCCCUCCAGCAGAGUGUACCCCUCUGUUGCCCCUUAUUUGCUUGAAUGUUCUCUGGUGGGCUCGACUCUGUUUCUUGCAAAAGUCCUGCUGGGGGUAAUUCAUGAAAAGUGACACCCAACAAUAUUCUGUGAUCAUCCUUGCUGUGUGUUUGUUCAGAUAUCAGAUAUGUGAUCUUUAAUAAUGGCUAAUCAUAGUUAUAUUAUCUGAUUGCUUCUGAAUGAACCUGUUUAUUGAGUGGACUCAAUAAAAACUGUCGUGGCA